AUGUAUAUCAAAGGCAUUUUGCACGAACCUCUUGUGUGCAUCAUCCUUUGCUCUUUGCUGUAAGUAUUUCAGAGUAAUGAAAUUGAAGUACGAUUUCGCCCGAGAUAAGAAAUUUCGACAGCCAUUCUUGAGCCCUGUUUAAUCUGAGGAUAUUAAGCAACUUGAACUAAACUGAAUGUGACAGCAUAGUUAGUAAAACAAGGUGUUUAAACGCGUUCGCGAAACAACGAAUCAACAGGUUCUCUCAUAGCCAGAGCACUUUUUUUAAAUUUCUUCCUACAUGUGAUGAUGCAUAUUAACGAUUAAAACCAUGUGAUCUCUGCAGAAUAAGAGCUGAAAAUAUUUGCGCUUGGGAAAUCAAUGCACUAAAUUCAUCGAAAGAGUAUUCGAGUAUUCGGCUCGCCGUUCCGGAGGACGCUGACGUGAGUACACAUUACUGAUUAUUAAUCUGUUUUACAAAAUCCUUAUGUAUGAAAUGAUGAAUCCGAAAACUUUGACGCAUUGGCCCACAUUACUCACCGUAAACUGAUUUACUGUUUAUUUACACCGGAAUAUCAGGCUUGUACUCUAUAGAUUCUAAGCAUAUUGACAAAAAUGAUAUCACAGAGUUUCGUUCGGUAAAGUAUAAUUGUGAUAGCCUAUGUUGAGAUCAGCAACCUGCUUUGUCAAUCGGAAACUCCUUUAUCGAUAACGCACUCAAUGCACUGGUCUGCCAGGUAUACUCGGUCAUCUGCUUAGAACUACACCAUCUAUAUCCUGCAACCAUCUUAACAGAUCACAGCAUGUUGCAAAUAUGUCAAUUUUGCCUGCGGCAGCAGAAAGCUCACCUGUUACAGUUUUCUAUAAGGCGUAUUUGAAUGCAGUUUCUGAGUGAAUGUUAAUUUGUGCUGGCUUGAGAAUGUUUAAUUACAAGCGUUUAUGAAGAACCAGAAGUUUUAUUAAAUUACAAUUGCAUGUGCAUCUUCAUAGCAAUUACAUCUUGCGCAACAUCCUGAGCAGCGCAAGCAAAAUCAGCAAUGGCGUACGUACCAACUACCGAAACACUAGUGUGCUAAAUUCCGAAUACAAAUGGAGGGAGAGGCAAGCAUUACAAGUGCAUGAUUGUGUUAGUAGGAAUUUAGGACAACGCACAUAAUCAAACAUUAAUUUAAACAAAUAAUAAUUUCUUUUUUACAUAUAAUGUACGUUUCUGUAUAAAAUUAUUUUAUAUAAUCAAACAGAAAGUAGAAAAAGGGGCUCCAUUUCAAGUCGUUUACUUAGGUCCUGUCAAUACCUGCCUUCGGCUUAUAGGUUAUUUAUAAAAAGCCGCAAAUGAGAGCAGAUAACAGUUACUUAAAUAACGCCACAUCUCGUUUAAUGUAGAUGUUAAUGUUUUAUGUUAUGUGUUUAUUUUGUUGGGUUGGUGAAGGUACACUACUCGAACAGUGUAAUACCUUUAACAUAAUUUUGUUCAUUCAUUAAGCUUUCUGCAGCUCCUCUUGUUAUAUCUAUUUAAUCGAGUCAAGUCCAUUGUUUUUCCGAUCACACCUUUGAAAACAUUAAAUUGCACUACAGCUUGGAAACUCACCCGAUAUUUGCUUACAAUAUUUUGAUUAUCGAUUACUUGCAAUUUUCCUUAUUAUAUUUUAGGAAGUGGAGGUUAAUGAUGUGCCCUUGACAAUACAAAACCAAAAAUGUUUGGCUAGUAGAUUCUCCAUCGUCCAAUCAUGUCAAAUGGAAAACUGUAUGCCAAAAGUUCUGAUUCAUUUCCAUGCAUUCUUAACAUUUUUCCUACGUUACAAAUAAAAAUAUGUUGUUUGUACGUAUUCUAAAUCAAUUCAAAAAUAUUUCUUGGUGUAACUUCCACUUUGGAUGGAUAGGGAAAAAGUGGGUCAGGAUUUCAAAACAAAUUUUACUAUCAGGCGGGUUCUUCCAUUUAUGCUAGUGCUUUUACGUUUUUAUCUUUAGACACGGGAUACUCCAGCUUGCUUAUCAAUUUCAAGAAUCCCGCGAAAGUAGAAUACGUCCAUGUCCGCAGCGGAACUUCCUAUGUUACCGCUCAGACUGUCCCGUCGAAGCCCACUAGAUCGGAUGAAUGUAAUUUGGUCGAUGUCGUAUUUUCAAAGUCCUCCUUGCCAAUGUUAUUAAUUACGGAAAUUUUAAUGUCGACAUACCCUCAUUUUAGACGGCUUUGUGCUCCAGGAGAAUCAACAGUUCCACAUCUGUCCAUCGACGCAUAAGGGCAACUCAGUUGAACUUACAUGGACCGUUGAAGGGAAAAAUGACUCUGUAAGUGUUGUAAGAAAAACGCAGGUCGAAGGUAGGCAAAAUAGAACGUAUUCUAACCGUAUUGCUAGUGUCCAUCUAAUGUCUCGGAUAAACUGACAGCAGAUAUUUAUUUCAUUACAGAUGCUACCUAUUGACAUUCUGUUUUGUUUACUUAAACAGUGUGAACGUGAAACAUUGUUUCUGCUUAACCCAGACUGCUUAUUCAACGAGAACAAAUUUCCAGCAGCUAAAGAGUGGUUGUUUUGAUAAUGUGCUGGCUGGAAGGCUAUAAUUACUCGCUUUUACAACGCGUGCAGUUGCUUACUUGAGUAGGUCGACAAGCAUUACUUAAAGUAUCUGGCAAACCUACGCAGUUGAUGAGGAUUUAAGUAUCAGCUAUUGCGUCCCAUUUCGAACAAUUUUGAUGAAUGCAUGAAAGUUGGCAGAUAGAUAAUGCGUACUUUGCUCACGUAAGGCCAGUUGUAUUUCUCACAUUGUACACAAAUAGUUGAUGCUCCUAAAUAAUGAUCAAACUACCUUAGUCAACGUUUUAUAGAUCGCUAUUACCCUAACAUUUUACGCGUGUAGAGAAAGUUCCGUUUCCGGGCAUUCUAAUCCUCCCUCUUUGUAAUCUCUGCUGUGUUAAUAAUGAUGUAAAUGACCUAUCGUGUGAUGCUUCAAAGCCUGUAGUGCACUACGGAUGCACUGGAUCUGAUGGCUUCUACUGCCUGGACACUGCUGAACGGGAUCCUAAAAUGGAAGCUCAGUUGGAAAAAGAGAGAUCGAAUCCGAGCGAAGUAGACUUUAGGUCAAAAGAAAGUGUGUCGGCGCUGUUCUAUUCGACGAAAUGCAGUAAGUUCUUACUCGUUUAUUCAUGGGAAGGCAGAAUGAGGAUUGUAUGAUUAUCAUUCAAAAUGUCCACUAUUACUUUGAAUACUCGCUUUCCACAAGCAUGUCAUGCCAGCAUUAAGACACCGUACGGCAAAACUAAUUAUAUUUGAAGAGGAAGUACAAGAGAAUUUAAAAGGAUAGAAAAUGUUCCUUAGAAUCAAGAUGUCCACUGGGCGUCGUUGACACAGCAACCGACUGACUUCUUUUACAGUCUUUCAGAAAAAUGCAUGUUAUCAGGAAUACUACAUUGUUUGUUUGGAAACAAGAUACAAGGAAAUAAACUACCGCACCCCUGCGAAGAUUUGAUUUUGAUUUGAUUUUUAUAGUAUGGACAAAAAACUACGUGCUCAGAUCUAGCUUACAUGUUAUCGUACAUUAUCCAAUUCUAGUUGUUGAGAAGACAUCGAAGGGCUUUCGGCACAGGUUAAACGUAACACGCCCAAAAAACGAAAAUGUGACCCACUACUUUUGUUAUAUCAGCCCCUCCAAUGAUCCUUACUUAUCCUACACAAUCGAUUGGACAGGUAUGUGCAAUCUCUUGGGUUUGAUGACGCUUUUUACCGUUAUAAAGGCGCGGGGCAUUACUUGUACUUCCACACUGCUGAUGUGCAUCUUCGCCAAAUUUUUUGCUGAAAUAACCCAACUACUCUCAUCUUACAUAGCACUUACUGCAGCACUUAAGCCAACUACAAUUUAUUUAAACGUGCAUGUGAUAAAAUAAGAUGCUGCAAUUGAAAAUAAUUCUAUCAUAAAACUAUUUGAUGAACACAGAACGGUCUUGUGCCAAAGUUCCAGUGCUAUGAGGUGUCGUUUUGACAUUUAAAUAAAAUUAUCCUUUGCAUUUAAUGCCAACAUGUUUUUUUCUAAAAGGUGUCGGAAGUGAUUAG